AUGCAAACUUUGGGUAUCCUUAUGUUGAUUAGGUUUAUGAGCUUAUUGGGUAGCUGUACAGAAGUAAAUAUUCCUCAAGGUUAUCCAAAUAUUUCUCAGUUGUAAUAAGUAUUCUAGACUGAGACCUAAUAUAACUUAGUAUUUGAAUAUUAAGAGAAUGGUACUCUUUUAAAUUUUAUUGAGAAAAAAGAAAUUCUAAAAGAAUCGAUAAUUAAGAAAAUUAUGUUCUAGCUGCUAACAGCCUUAAAAUCUAUACAUCACAAGAAAAUAAUUCAUAGAGAUUUAAAACUAGAGAAUAUACUUGUCUUAAAAAAUAAUGGUUGCCUAGAUGAUAAUAUUUAAGUAGAAGUGAUUGAUUUUGGAUUAGCAUGUAGUGAGAAUAAUUUUGAGUUGAUAUGCUAGAAAUCAGGGACUCCUGGUUAUGUUGCUCCUGAAAUUCUUAAUAAACAACCCGCAUCAUUUAAAAGUGACAUUUUUAGUUUAGGUUGUAUUUUCUAUAACUUGAUCACUAAAAGGCUCUUGUUCGGAGGUAGAGAUACCAAAGAAAUAAUACGAAAGAAUUAGUUUGAAAAUCCAUUGAUGAAGCUAAAAAAUAUUUGGAAUAAACUAAGUAAAGAUGGAUUAAACUUGAUAACUCGCAUGCUGGAUCCUAAUCCUAUAAUGAGACUAGAUGCCGAAUAAUGCUUAUAGUAAAAUAGACUGUAAUUUGAAGGAAAGCUUAAAGUGCAGCGAGAUUUAACAGAUUUAGGUAUACAAAGAGGCCAGCUUCAUACAACUCUAUAUAAUUAAGUUUCCUAAUAGCAAAAUAAACUUAAGGAAUAAUAAAAAAAUAGUUUUACCUAGUCUAUAAAUAUUUCAACAAUGAAGAGCAAGCUUCUAGCAAAUUUGAAUAAUAAGCAGGAAAUAAAAGAGCAACUUGAAUCAAUAUUAACUUAAGAAUUUUAGCAAUUUGAUAUUGUAGCUUAAGAUGACUCAUCCAUUAAUAUUUAUCCAUUAGAAAAUUCUCUAAUCACAUUGAAAAGAGAGGGAAGACCCAAUUUUAGUCAAGUUAAAGGAAAUGUAAAGAAAGCUUUUGUAAAUUGA